UUGAGACAGAAUCGAAGCAUCCACAUCCUUCUAGUAAGUCUAGGUAGCUCCCUCAUCCACCCACAGACCGAACCCUCAAACCCCAAAUCCCCCAAUACAUACCACACAGCAGCAAGGAAGGAAUUGCGGCGGCGGAUCGGAGCUCAAUCAAAUCGAGUCAAUGGCUUCCGACGGCGUGGUGACCCUGUACGGCAACAACAACAAGGUGGUGGUGGAGCCGUCCUCCAAGCCCGCCUCCGCCGCCACCUUCUCCGUCAAGGUGGGCCUGGCCCAGAUGCUCCGCGGCGGCGUGAUCAUGGACGUGGUGACCGCGGAGCAGGCGCGGCUGGCGGAGGAGGCCGGGGCGUGCGCCGUGAUGGCCCUGGAGCGCGUCCCCGCCGACAUCCGCGCGCAGGGCGGCGUGGCCCGGAUGUCGGACCCGGCCCUCAUCCGCGACAUCAAGCGCGCCGUCACCAUCCCGGUCAUGGCGAAAGCCCGCAUCGGGCACUUCGUGGAGGCCCAGAUCCUGGAGGCCGUGGGCGUGGACUACGUGGACGAGAGCGAGGUGCUCACCGUCGCAGACGAGGCGCACCACAUCAACAAGCACAACUUCCGCGUCCCCUUCGUGUGCGGCUGCCGCGACCUUGGCGAGGCGCUCCGCCGGAUCCGGGAGGGCGCCGCCAUGGUCCGCACCAAGGGGGAGGCCGGGACGGGGAACGUCGUCGAGGCCGUCCGCCACGUCCGCUCCGUCAUGGGCGACGUCCGCGCGCUCCGGAGCAUGGACGACGACGAGGUCUUCGCCUACGCCAAGAGCAUCGCCGCGCCCUACGACCUCGUCAUGCAGACCAAGCAGCUCGGCCGCCUCCCCGUCGUGCAGUUCGCGGCCGGCGGCGUCGCCACGCCGGCCGACGCGGCGCUCAUGAUGCAGCUGGGGUGCGAUGGCGUCUUCGUCGGCUCCGGGAUAUUCAAGAGCGGCGAUCCGGCGAGGCGUGCUCGCGCCAUUGUGGAGGCCGUGACGCACUACAGCGACCCGGAGAUCCUGGCCAACGUCAGCGCUGGGCUCGGCGAGGCCAUGGUGGGGAUCAACCUCAACGACCCCAAGGUCGAGCGCUACGCCGCCCGCUCCAACUAGGCUAGCCGUCUGGAGGAUCCUUCCUUAAUAAACUCUCUCGAAUCCAAUCUUUCCUUGCAUCAUGUCAUGUGUCUUUUUCUUCCUGCAUCAGUCAUGUAUGGAGUAAUCAGUCAUGUACUGCGGAGUAUCAUCUAUUCUCAUUGUUUUUAUGUUCAUCUUGGUUGAAGAUCAGCGUUACUCUUUUUAGAAACCAAGCCGUACUGUCUAGUAGCACUGGUACAAACAUAGACAGUCAGUCAUCCGUAAGGUCUGUAUUUUCCGGGCAAAAUGGAGCUUCACUUGACCAGGACAACAA